CAGAAGUGGAUACCGGUUUUCAGUGCGUACUGAGAGUGGCUCUUGAACUUUUCAGAACUUUCUUGGUGUUUUUCCCUUCUCUUUACCAAAAGUUCAUUCUGCCUCAGCCGUCGGCAGUUUAAAGGUUGCCGUUUGAAGCUCGUUUCCUGUUGUUUGUCCUUUCUUUCGUUUCAGUCCCCGCAUCUUGGUGAGCCUUUGCGAUAUCUCCAUUCAUCAUGCUGCAGCUUAACCCUCAGUUUGACGCCAUUGGCAAGCAAUUUGUUCAGCACUACUAUGCCACAUUCGGCGCUCAGCGGGAAAAACUAGCUGAGCUCUACACCGAACAGUCGAUGAUGACUUAUGAGAAUGAACAAUUCCAAGGUGUUGGAGCAAUUUUGGCAAAACUGCAAAAGCUCCCAGCUGUUGUAAAACACAACGUCGUCACCUGUGACUGCCAGCCGACUCCCAACAAUGGAAUUGUUGUCCUUGUUUCUGGUGAUCUGGCAAUUGAAGAUAACCCUCCAAUGAAAUUCUGCCAGACGUUUAACUUGGUUCCCAAUGGCGGCGGUGGCUAUGCAGUUUUCAAUGACAUUUUCAGGUUAUGCAUCGGCUAGGUUGAGACAGAUGUGCUUACAUGUGGAGAGUCUCGUCCUUCAAUCAAACGGAACUGGAAAAUAUCUCGUGUUGUCUAUCUGCCCCGACCGUUGUUCGGCCGUUCAACAUGCCGUGACGUGAAACGGUUCCCGUUGGAAGCGAGUCACGUCAAAACCCCCGUGACUUGUUCCACGCUGUACAGGGAGAGCUUACGAGACAGAAAGAACACAAAUGAAUUUUUUCUGUGUGCUGG